CUCACCACCAAAAAAUUGUCGGUUUAGACGCAAACACCGCUGUACGACGUCGACCUCCACGUACAGGCAGAAUAAAGAAAUCCACUCUAGAGCAGAUUUAUUGCGCUGUCUCUUUCCUGCUUGAGUUCUAGAGCCACGUGUUUUCCUUGCUGAAACCUCUACAGUCUUGAACCACAGACUCUGAGCACGACUCCAAAGGAUAGGAGACAACUACCAAAGUUGUACGCAAAUACCUUGCGGGUUUUCUCUCCUGGUUAGAGGGCCAGCAAUAUGGCACCCGCUGCAGCGUCUCUGACGCCGGGGUUUGCCAGUUUCCAAAAAGUCUUGUCGACAGAGCCGCUCGACACUUCGACGACAUAUUUGGUUUCAUUGCUUAAGAGACGGCAAAUAAGAGGCUCGAAACGAUGCGCUGUUGUUACGACACUCCUGCUGCUCCGUACCGUUGAGGUAACCAAACAAGCCGAUUCAGUCAGGUUGAUCCAAAGAGUCACAGAGGUUGGCAAAAAGCUCAUCGAAGCUGCUCCUCACGAGCCAGCCGUUGGCAACAUCGUUCGCAGAGUUUUGGGAAUAAUACGGGAAGAAGAGGAAGAUGACGCUGUGGGCACAAAAGGAGGAGAUGAGUUGAGCUCCGUUGGUGGUGAUGCGGACGUUGACUCGCCCACAGCGUUGGAACCUAUGCAAUCAAGAGGCAUCUCUCAUGCGGUCGUUAAUGGCGAUUCUACCAGCCCUUCGCCUCACAAAGGCACUGCAAGUCCCCGCCCCCCGUUACUGAGCUCGCGCACUGGUGCUCCAGAGACUACUCGCCCUGUGACCUCUAUGUUCAGCAUCAAUGCCCAUCCGACCAUGCGAAUGCUUGGAGGACCAAAUGACUCACCUUUAAGCCGCAGUGGUCAAGCCACUCCACAAUUGCAUGCUUCAAGCAUAUUUCAGUCGAAUAUCCGCCCUGAAGUGAUAAAAGGGAUUAAAGAGAUCAUUGAUGAAAUCAAUGCUGCCGACGAUGAAAUUGCCACUGCUGCACUCGACCAGAUUCACCCACAAGAGACCAUCUUCACAUACUCUUCUUCCUUGACUGUUCAGCGAUUCCUCCUUCGAGCCGCUUCAAAGCGGAAGUUUACAGUUGUCCAUGCCGAAGCAUAUCCCAACAAUCACCUAAAGACAUACGCCUUACUUACCGGGAAUCAAGAAGCUGUCGCGGAGGAUGAGGAAAACCUGCCCAACGACACGUUCUCCAAAACGUUAACUUCGGCUGGCAUCACGGUCAUGAUGAUUCCCGACUCGGCAAUCUUCGCAGUUAUGUCUCGUGCAAACAAGGUCAUCCUAGACGCCCACGCGGUCUUAACAAAUGGAUCCAUAGUCGCCGCGGCGGGAAGUAAGGCCGUCAUCAAGGCUGCCAAAUUCCACCGCAUUCCCGUCAUCGUGUUGGCAGCAACAUACAAACUUUCUCCAGCGUACCCGUACGAUCCAUUCAAAUUGAUUGAGUACGGGGAGGCAGGAAAGGUAGUGCCAUUUCAAGCGGGCGAGUUGCGCCACGGACUAGAAGAAGGAGCGAGGAAUCCUCUAUAUGACUUCGUCGAGGCAGGGGAUAUCGACUUGUUUGUCACCAACGAAGUGCCAGCUGCUGUGAGCACCGGAUACUUGUACAGGGUUGUGCGGGAACAGUAUCGGGAUGAAGACUUGCAGCUGUGAUGAAGCUUUUGAGUUAACAUUGAGGCUGCUGUCGAUCUUCGUUGCGCGAGGACUGCCUGUCGUACGUCCAGAAUAAAUGUUAGGAUAGAGAAGAGCUUGAUACCCCCUGGCACCGGUGGAUUUGGUGGCAUACAGAUUGUUUGCAACGUCUGUUGCGCUUUUGGAUUCCAGCACAAUACACUAUACAAGAUACAAGGCUAACCAUUGCUUGGUAAACGUCUGAGGGCAAACCCGCGAGGCCCUGGCGCGUUGAUGGUAAUACAGAUCAGAGAAGUCCUUUUCACACAGAGUUCAUG